ACAUAUAGGCAUAGAAGCACAGGGGGAGGGGUGUUCGGCUUGAGGGGGGAGAAAACGCUAGCUACGACGGAGACACAGCUGCUAGCUGUGUAGCAGUAAGGCAAAUUAGUGUUGUAGCGACAAAUCAAGGAGCCAAUAGCAGAUCUCACUGAAAAAUAUUUGGCAACACUGUUGAAAAGUUCAUUCUGGGGACGGGACGGAGAUAAAUGAGCAGACCCACGUUGUAGCUGCUCACAUAGCUGAGGCGAACCUGGGGGAAUUGCUACAUAGGAAUUUGCGGAAGAAUUGAGAGAAACAGCAGCAUGGUGAAUAAUGUGCAGAGAGUCGACGACACCUGGCGAACAUGCACCAAAAGCGACUCGAGUGGCGCGAGCAACAGCGGCGGCGAGAGUUCCAAAGAGAGCUCUCGCUCCUCGACGCCUGUGCUGGAUGCCGACAGCAUGGACAGGCUACGGGACAAGAUGCGCCGCCGGACAGAGUCGGGCGACCACUGGUUUUCCCUCGAGUUCUUCCCCCCUCGUACUGCCAGUGGGGCUGUCAACCUCGUUUCUAGAUUUGAUCGCAUGGGCUCUGGGGGGCCCCUGUUCAUAGACAUUACCUGGCAUCCGGCGGGGGACCCAGGUUCGGACAAGGAGACCUCCUCCAUGAUGAUCGCCAGCACAGCGGUCAACUACUGUGGCCUGGAGAGCAUCCUGCACCUGACCUGCUGCAACCAGACCAAAGAGAAGAUCACCGGGUACCUGAGCAAAGCCAAACGCCUUGGCCUGAAGAACAUCAUGGCUCUAAGAGGAGAUCCCAUGGGGGCUGACUGGGAAGUGGAAGAAGGGGGCUUCAACUACGCCACAGACUUGGUCAAACACAUCCGCUGCGAGUUUGACGACUACUUUGACAUCUGUGUAGCCGGCUACCCCACUGGCCACCCGGAGGCAGAGAGCUACGACGAGGACCUGAGACACCUGAAGGAGAAAGUGGAUGCCGGAGCAGACUUCAUCAUCACGCAGCUCUUUUUCCGGGCCGACACCUUCCUCAAGUUUGUCAGGGACUGCAGGGCCAUAGGGAUCACCUGCCCCAUCCUACCAGGCAUCUUCCCUAUCCAGGGCUACCAAUCUCUAAGGCAGCUGGUCAAGCUGUCCAAGCUGGAGGUGCCCGAGGAGAUCAUGCGGGUCAUCGAGCCCAUCAAGGACAACGACGCAGCCAUCCGCAACUACGGCAUCGAGCAGACGGUGGGCAUGUGCCGCGUGCUGCUGGAGAGCGGCGAGGUGCCGGGCCUCCAUUUCUACACGCUGAACCGUGAGGUGGCCACCAUGGAGGUGCUGCGGCAACUGGGCCUGUGGAUCGAGGACCCCAGGCGGCCACUCCCCUGGGCGGUGAGCGCUCACCCCAAACGCAAAGUGGAGGACGUGCGGCCCAUCUUCUGGGCCUCCAGACCCAAGAGCUACAUCUACAGAACACAGGACUGGGACGACUUCCCCAAUGGACGAUGGGGCAACUCGUCGUCUCCGGCCUUUGGCGAACUCAACGAUUACUACCUGUUCUACCUGAAGAGUAAGUCGUCCAAGGACUCCCUGCUGAAGAUGUGGGGCGAGGAGCUGACCAAUGAGCAGAGCGUCUACGAGGUUUUCACCAGCUACAUCAAAGCCCAGCCCAACCGUGCCGGACACAAGGUGAUGUGUCUGCCGUGGAACGACGAGCCGCUGGCCCCGGAGACCAACUUGCUGAUGGACGAGCUGGACAAGGUGAACCGCCGGGGGGUCCUCACCAUCAACUCCCAGCCCAGCAUCAACGGCAAGCCCUCCGACGACCCCAUCGUGGGCUGGGGCCCACCGGGGGGCUACGUCUUCCAGAAGGCCUAUCUGGAGUUUUUCACCUCGAGUGAAAACGUCACGGUUCUCCUCAAAGUGCUGAAGAAGUACGAACCUCGCGUCAACUACCACAUCGUCAAUGUUCAUGGUCAGAAUACGACGAACGCCCAUGACAUGCAACCCAACGCUGUGACGUGGGGCAUCUUCCCCGGCAGGGAGAUUGUCCAGCCCACGGUGGUGGAUCCAGUCAGCUUCAUGUACUGGAAGGACGAGGCCUUUGCCCUGUGGAUUGAGCAGUGGGCCAAGCUGUACGAGGACGAGUCGCCGUCGCGCAUGAUCAUCAAGUACAUCCACGACAACUACUUCCUAGUCAACCUGGUGGACAACGACUUCCCAUUGGACAACUGCCUGUGGCAGGUCAUCGACGACAUGUUCGAGCUGCUUGACAACCCCCCAGAGGAGCAACCCACGGAGCAACCUGCAGAGCAGCCCGCCGAGGAGUCACCCGUGGAAAUCAACCCGCAAAGUAACUGUGGCGACAGCCAGACUGACUGACUUUUUUUCUUUUUCUCCCCGGUGCUGCUAUCAAGAACUUUUCAUUCGAAACUAACACCACAAAGUACUUAACUGGAGUAUUAUACUAUACAAAUAUAAUCACUACAUGAAACAAUUUAAUAGAUUUUACUGUAUCUUAUGCCUGCUCAUACCAUAACCCCACCGCCACCAUGGGGCACUCUGUUCACAACGUUGACAUCAGCAAACCGCUGG